GCCGUCUACCAUAGUACUCUUCAUCCGCAUCAAGACUCAACAUGCCUGAGGUAGCAAAACCCGCGCCCAAGAAGGGCUCCAAGAAAGCAGUUUCCAAGGUCGCAGUUAAGGGCGGAAAGAAGCGCCGCAAGUCCAGGAAGGAGAGCUAUGCCAUCUACGUCUACAAGGUGCUGAAGCAGGUCCACCCCGACACCGGCAUCUCCUCCAAGGCGAUGGGGAUCAUGAACUCCUUCGUCAACGACAUCUUCGAGCGUAUCGCCGGUGAGGCCUCCCGCCUGGCUCACUACAACAAACGCCGCACCAUCACCUCCAGGGAGAUCCAGACCGCCGUCCGCCUGCUGCUCCCCGGUGAGCUGGCGAAGCACGCCGUGUCUGAGGGCACCAAGGCGGUGACCAAGUACACCAGUUCCAAGUAGACAUCACCAUUGCCCCAAACCAAAGGUCCUUUUAAGG